GACAAGAAAGGAGACGUUGCACAGCCAAUGCAUAAUUGCGGCAAACAUUAUCUUUGCGAUUGCUUAUUUAAUCGCUUUAAUUCAUUUACCGCUGCCCUCAAUUUAAUUAGAACUGUUAUUUAUUGCAGACGUUUCUUCUUAGUAACUAAAUUAAUAGUAUUUAUUAUUGUCAGAUUCCCGAGAACUAACUCUGAGAUACGCAUUCUGACGAUAAUCGCGUAAGCGGUGACAACGCCAAUAAAGAAGAAAAACACUGAACGUUGGAUAAUCAACUUGCCAUCAAGUUUUUAUAGAGUUUGCAGUAUGAAAAUUCGUUGCUUAAUGUUCCUCUGUUUAUGCUCUCUCUACGAAUCCAUAGAAAGCGUUAAACGACAUAAAGUAAUUCAAUGUAAAUUAAAGCCUAAAGGAGAAAAUUUUGAGUUUCCAAAAAAUUUUGCUUUCGGUGUAGCCACCUCUGCUUAUCAAAUCGAAGGUGCAUGGAAUGAGGAUGGAAAAGCACCCUCCGUGUGGGAUAUUUACACACACGACCACCCCGAAAGUAUUUUGGAUCAUUCGGCGGGAGAUGAUGCAGCCGAAUCUUAUCAUCGUUUCGACCAGGAUUUGGCUGCCCUGAAAGACCUUAAAGUAAAUUUCUAUCGGUUCUCUAUUACAUGGUCAAGAGUUCUUCCCAACGGCGAUACCACAGUGAAGAACCAAAAAGCCAUUGACUACUAUAAUAUGGUUAUAGACAAACUGUUACAAAGCAAUAUUGAGCCUAUGGUGACAAUGUUCCAUUACGAUAUGCCAGACAUUUUACAUAAUUUUGGUGGAUUCUCAAAUAACUCCAUAACAGGACAUUUCGUAGCAUAUGCAGAUUUCUUAUAUGAAACUUUUGGUGAUCGUGUAAAGAAGUGGAUAACAUUUAACGGACCCUAUGUGUAUUGCAUAUUUUCUCAUAAUUUCGCUUCGUAUCCACAUACGAUACGCAUUCCGGGUGUCGAAGACUACAUCUCAAUAGACAAUAUAUUGAAAGCGCAUGCAUUGGCUUAUCGAAAGUAUAAAAAGAAAUACUUCAGCUCUCAAAGGGGCAAAGUGGGUAUUACCCUGGAUAGUAGAUUUUAUUAUAACAAAGACGAUCAAACUUCAGAAGAACCUAUAAAUCGUAUAAUGCAGUAUGGGCUGGGCUGGCUAGCCAAUCCUAUUUUUGGAAAAACAGGAAAUUAUCCUGCUGUCAUGAUUAAAGAUAUUGGGGAAAAUAGUCACUCUGAAGGUCUACCGACAUCACGAUUGCCUGUCAUGAAUGAAACAUGGACCGAAAUCAUCAAGGGAUCCGGGGAUUUCCUAGCCCUUAAUUACUACACUUCCAUGUAUUCCGAAAUGGCUUCUCCUCCCGGAGGUAAGGUGCCUUCUAGGGAACGUGAUUCAAAAGUUAAACUCUCAUUUGAUGAUAAAUGGACACGAUCAAAAUCAGAUUGGCUUUACUGUGUACCGCAAGGAAUGGAAGAUUUAUUGAAGUGGGUAAAAGACAGCUACAACAACGUUGAGGUAUACAUAUCGGAAAAUGGUUGGUCGGACGAUGGUCAGUUGAACGACUCAGGUCGUAUUGACUACCUACAGGCCCAUUUGCAAGCAGUCCUCAAUGCAAUCAACGAUGGAUGUAAUGUCACACAUUACUCCCAUUGGAGUCUGGUAGAUAACUUUGAAUGGAAUAAAGGAUACACUGAAAAAUUCGGUCUCUAUUACUUGAACCGGUCAAGUCCAAACAAAGAUCGCAUUGCUAAGCAAUCCGCCAGAUAUUAUAGGAAGGUCAUUGAAACCCAUCAAAUUCCGUUGGUAAGUGGAACAUUUGCGAUGCGGUCUAGCCUCUUCAACUGCAUUUUGGCUGGUUUGCUAAGCGCGCAAGUUCCACUUAUGAUGUAAUUAAGUGUGAUGUUGUUUGAAGUGUAAAUGGUUAAUCAAUAAAAAUGUGUUAAGUUUCAACAUAAACGGAAUGGAGUUCCACUAAUUAAAAUUCUAAAGAGGUAGCACAGCCGUUGUGUCACUCGCUGUGGAAUAAAGAGAAAUUGCUCAUGACCAAUCAUAUGGCCUUAUGGAGUC